CCAGUGACGUCACGGCAGGCUCGGGCUGUUUAUUGUUCCUUCUUGGACGGCGACGGAGAAAAGGAUUGAAGCUAGCCCGCAGACACUCGCCUUUUUCCCGCGGUCUACUACGUUGUAGUCGGCAAGACAGCCCUGUCCACACAUGGCGUACGCUUACCUCUUCAAAUACAUCAUCAUCGGAGACACAGGUGUGGGAAAAUCAUGUCUAUUACUACAGUUCACAGACAAGAGGUUUCAGCCUGUCCAUGACCUCACCAUUGGCGUGGAGUUUGGAGCGAGGAUGAUCACUAUAGAUGGCAAACAGAUCAAACUGCAGAUCUGGGACACGGCUGGCCAGGAGUCGUUCCGGUCCAUUACCAGGUCUUACUACAGAGGAGCAGCAGGAGCACUGCUAGUUUAUGACAUCACAAGGAGGGACACCUUUUACCACUUGACGACCUGGUUAGAGGACGCUCGCCAACAUUCCAACUCCAAUAUGGUCAUUAUGCUCAUUGGCAACAAGAGUGACCUGGAAUCUCGGAGAGAGGUAAAGAAAGAGGAAGGGGAAGCGUUUGCCAGAGAACAUGGCCUCAUAUUCAUGGAGACCUCAGCCAAGACUGCCUCCAAUGUAGAGGAGGCCUUCAUCAACACAGCCAAGGAGAUUUAUGAGAAGAUCCAGGAGGGGGUUUUUGAUAUCAACAACGAGGCUAACGGCAUAAAGAUCGGACCCCAGCACCCCACCACCAACUCCACGCUGCCUGGGAGCCAGGGGGGUCAGCACACUGGGGGGGGAUGCUGCUGAAGACCUCCUCCUCUAACCCCUCAGACCCCCCAUUGGCCCUCUCCAAGACCUGUCCAGCUCAGUUACAUGUAGUCUCUCCAUCCACCUCUGGCUUUUCUUGCCUUUCCCUACAUCCCCACCUCAACACCUGGCAACCCUUUCCAUACAUCCCCACCUCAACACCUGGCAACCCUUUCCAUACAUCCCCACCUCAACACCUGGCAACCCUUUCCAUACAUCCCCACCUCAACACCUGGCAACCCUUUCCAUACAUCCCCACCUCAACACCUGGCAACCCUUUCCAUACAUCCCACCUCAACACCUGGCAACCCUUUCCAUACAGCCCCACCUCAACACCUGGCAACCCUUUCCAUGCAUCCCCACCUCAACACCUGGCAACCCUUUCCAUACAUCCCCACCUCAACACCUGGCUUUUAGCAGCUUGACCAGAGGUGAAGCUAAUCACACCUAGCAGGUAGGUAGGUAGGUAGGUGUGUGAGAGAGGUAGCAAGGCGUGUUCCUACAUGUGGAGAUGAUCCAGGCAUUCCAGCAUAGUCCCCCCCCCCUCCCUCUUCCCUGUGUCGUCAUGGCAACCUGCAGUUGAAUUAACACUAAAACUUGUUUAAAAUUGUCCUGGGCAGACAAUAAAAGUGUUGGGUGUGACAAUGAAGAACUAUUUAUCUACAGCUUUUAAAGCAGGGGGGUCCAAAUUUCUUCACUUGAGGGACAACAUAGGAAGAAAAACAUUUUUUUGGGCCGGGGGCCAAAAGCUAACUGCAUGUAAAGUAUGAAUAUUGUUUUAUAUAUAUACAUAUAUAGCCUAUACAUGUGUACAUAUUUACAUGUAUAUAUACAUGUGUGUAUGUAUAUAUAAUGGCUGUAUAAUUUGUAUUGAAUAUAAUUGGAUAUUGUAUGUGAGGACUUUAAAAUGUAAUCAAUCAGCUUAACGUGGAUAAGUGUGGGGAGAGUGUGUUGCAUUUGUACCCAUCAUGCAUUGCGGGGGAUAUAAAUGGUUGUAAUUUAGGAUGAUGUGUUGUGCAUGGACAUGUUUUUAUUUGAUGUUCAGUGAGCAGCUUGUGUCCAGUGUGACUUUUUCUGCCAGUUUAUUUGCACCAUGACUGGGGAAGGUUGUUUGGAUUGGGUCAUAAAUCAAAAUGAUGUGCACGUCAUGGUCAUGAAACCGAAUGACUCACAAUUUCCAGCAGAUGGCGGUAAAGUAGGUGAGGUGGUUUGGACCCCCCUGCCUUAGAGGCUGGUCAUGUGAAGGCUUCUAGAAGGAAAUUGGCCUUCCAGUGGCAAGUGUGAGCGAUCUUGUAGACUCAAAUAUCCAUCUUUGAAGAUAUAUCACUCUUUCUACAAGGUCUUGUAGACUCUCGUAUGUCCAUCUUUGAAGAUAUAUCACUCUUUCUACAAGGUCUUGUAGACUAGUAUGUCCAUCUUUGAAGAUAUAUCACUCUUUCUACAAGGUCUUGUAGACUCUCGUAUGUCCAUCUUUGAAGAUAUAUCACUCUUUCUACAAGGUCUUGUAGACUCGUAUGUCCAUCUUUGAAGAUAUAUCACUCUUUCUACAAGGUCUUGUAGACUCAUGUGUCCAUCUUUGAAGAUAUAUCACUCUUUCUACAUGGUCUUGUAGACUCAUGUAUCCAUCUUUGAAGAUAUUUCACUCUUUCUACAAGGUCUUAUAGACUCAUGUGUCCAUCUUUGAAGAUAUAUCACUCUUUCUACAAGGUCUUGUAGACUCAAAUGUCCAUCUUUGAAGAUAUUUCACUCUUUCUUUACCUUUUCACUUGCUUCUCUCCUCCCUCCCUCCCGCGUGCUAACAUUGUCUUUCUGCAUUGCCAAAAUAGUGUUUGGUUAGAUGAAGAGUCACUUGGAUGUGAUGCCAAGUCAAGAUCAGCUGUCUGCCUUAACUCCGCCCCCUUUCUGACAUCAUUGAUUCAGCACAUGUACGGCCUGUAUCACUAGCACUUUUUCUUCCUGCACAAGUCAAACAUGGUGGAUUGUGGGUAAAGACACGUGUGGACAGACCCCCUGGGGGGCUACGGGGGGAUCAAGCCAAACUUGAUGCAUCUAUUUAUCUAUCUGUGGAUUAAUAAUCUUCUCUAUGUUCCCUCCAUCGCUCUUCUUCCCUCAAAACUUCUUUGUUGUGUUUGUUCUUUGGAGAAAAAUGGGAAAAAAAAGUUAAAAAACAAAAUGCUAUCACAAUAAACUAUAAUAAAACAUUCUAAA